AUGACAGCAACAAACGCCACCCUCGCCUUCAUCGGCUGCGGAAACAUGGGCUCAGCCAUCCUCAACGGCCUCCUAGAAGCCACCCGCAACACCCCCAAUCCACCCAUCAACACCUUCACCGUCAGCACCAAAACCACCACCUCAGCCGAGCGUCUCCGCGCCACCCUCACCCCGCCAGACCAAGACCGCGUGCGCUUCACCCCCAACGACAACAUCACAGCCAUGGCCAGCGCAGACAUCAUUCUGCUCGCAUGCAAGCCCUUUCUCGCAGAGUCCAUCCUCUCCCAGCCCGGCGUAUGGGACGCCGCCAAGAACAAGCUGAUCAUCAGCGUGAUGGCGGGCCCCACGGUUGCGCAAAUCCUAGACUACAUGCGUCCUCGUGGCAGCGGGCCUGGGGGAGAAGUAGAGUGCGCGGGGAGUUCUCCGACGAUAGUGCGCGUGCAGCCGAACGUAGCGGCGCGGUUACGACAGUCGAUGACGGUCGUGGAAGUAGACGAUGAUAGCGAGGAGGGGCAGCAGGCGAAGGGAACGGUGGAGUGGAUCUUCAAGCAAGUAGGCGACGUGCGGUUCGUCGCGCCUUCUGUAUUCGACGUUUCGUCGCUGUUGGUGGGUGCUUCCAUGGCGUGGGGUGCGAUUGCGCUGGAUGGGGUGCUCGAUGGGUGUGUUGCGGGGGGGUUGAGGCGUCCCGAGGCGCUGGAGAUGGCGGCACAGACGUUGGCGGGAAUGGCGGCGCUUUUGAAAGAUGGGGUGCAUCCGGCUGUGUUGAGGGAGGGGAUUUCUUCGCCGAGGGGGUGUACGAUUCAGGGGAUCUUGGAGCUGGAGAGGGCUGGGGUUCGGGGGAGUUUUGCGGAUGCGCUGUUGAAGGGGGUGGAGCAUUUGCAGAAAUGA